AUGUAUUUUAAAAAUUUAAAGGAUUCGGAUGAAGAGAUACGUCGUGUGAUCAGUGAAAAGAAUGAAGCAGAAGCUGCUAGAGUCAAUCUGGAAAGGGACAACGAAUUCCUCAAAGCUCGCCUUGCUGCUCUCGAGUCGGCCCCUCAAGCUCUAGAUACGCAAACUUCGGAACGUGGAAUUGCCCUUGUCCAAGUUGCACUGAUUGCAUUCGCUGCCCUCCUGGUUGGACUUAUUUUUGGCAAAUUGUUCUGA